AGGGCAUUAUUUCUUCAGAAACAGAUGUCUUUUCCUCUGAGAUUCCAAAGUUGAAAACAAAAUAAAUCAUAAAGAGCUUUGGGCUGCACAGGACUGAAAGCCCAUCAGGAUGGCGACGGAGGAGGAUGGGGCUGGGAGAGUCCGACAGCUGCAGGAGCAGCGGAUGGUAGUUCAAAAGAAAACCUUCACCAAGUGGAUGAACAGUGUCUUCCACAAGAAUGGGGAGAAAUUGGAGCUGACUGACGUCUAUACUGAACUUAAAACCGGAGAAGUUCUGAUCCGUCUGCUGGAGCUCAUCGCCAACGAGAAGUUGCCAUCGCGGAGCCGAGGCAAGCUGAGAGUCCACUUUCUGGAGAACAACAGCAUUGCCAUCAAUUUCCUCAAAACCAAAAUUCGGGUGGAUUUAAUUGGUCCAGAAAAUGUGGUGGAUGGGGAUCGUACACUGAUCCUGGGGCUGCUGUGGAUCAUCAUCCUCAGGUUUCAGAUUGGACAUAUUAACCUGGAAGAGGGGAACAGCGUAGCUCAUCGCUCAGCUAAGGAGGCUCUGCUGAUCUGGUGUCAGAGGAAAACAUCAGGCUACAAUGGUGUUGACGUGCAGGACUUUUCCUCCAGCUGGAGGGAUGGACUUGCCUUCAAUGCUCUUGUCCACGCCCACCGACCUGACCUUUUUGACUACCACCGUUUCCAUGGCGAUAACCCCCAGCGCAAUCUGGAGCACGCGUUCACUCUGGCAGAGCGGGAGUUCGGUAUCAUGCAGCUUCUGGAGGUGGAUGACAUCAUGGUCGCUCAUCCUGAUGAAAAGUCCAUCAUGACCUACGUGUCUCUGUACUACCACUACUUUUCCAGGAUGAAGCAGGGGCAGACCAUCCAGAAGAGACUUGCCAGGAUUGUUGGGAUGCUCAUGGAGCUGGAUGGCAUGAAGAUCCAGUAUGAAAGAAUGGUCUCAGAUCUGCUUCGCUGGAUCAAAACUAAGAUGGUGCAGCUGAAUGACAGAAGAUUCCCAAACUCUUUGAGGGAGAUGCAGAAACUGAUGAGCGCUUUUAAGACCUACAGAACUGUGGAGAAACCUCCCAAAUACCAGGCAGCUCUGAGGGAGGGCUAUCUUGAGGACACACUGCGUCUGAUCCGGAGGCAGGAUAUCCGAGGUCUGUCCACACUGGAGGAGGCUCAGGCAGCUGGCCGGCGUCUGGAGGCCUUGGCUACCGAUGCACUGGCCAGGGAGCCACGCUUCACGGCCCUCAGAGACAUGGCAAAAUCCAUCGAGAAAGGAAACUACCACAGCAAGGAGCAGGUCAUUAGGAGGGAGGAGAACAUUAGCCAUCGAUGGAAGGACCUGCUGCAGCAGCUCCAAGAACAGAGGAUGCUUUUGGGAAAUGUAGUUGAAACUCUGAGCAUCCUGCGGGACAUUGAGCUUGUCUCCCAGGAACUGAAAGAACUACAAUCCCAAGCCAGUUCUUCUGAACUGGGGAAGCAGCUGACGGAGGUGGAGUCUCUUCUUCAGAAACAAGAUCUCCUGGAAGCUCAGAUCUCAACUCAUGGUGAAACCAUCACUACAAUCAGUAGCAGAGCUCUGAAGGCAAAAGUAAGGGAUGGGCAGCAGAUUCAGAGCAGAGUGAGAGCUCUUGACACUCAGUACAAAUCGCUGGUGUCUCUCAGCAACAGCAGGAGGAGGCAGUUGGAGGCUCAGUUGAGGUUGUUUGAGUUCCUCUAUGACUGUGAGGAGUUGGAGGCCUGGAUCUAUGAGCGCUGGUUAAAGCUGCAGACGGCUGGACUUGGAAGAGACCUCAACCACAUCCAGGUGGCCGAACACAAGCACAAGGUACUGGAGGCGGAGGUCCAGGCCCAGGAGUCUUUGUAUAAAGGUGUCCUGGGUCGAGGCCAGGAUCUGCUCUCCAAACAGAGUCAGGAGAAUCAGCAAGCUGUUCAGAAGUGGAUCAGGACUCUCAGGAAGCAGUGGAGCCACCUGACUGACGAGGUGACGGGACACCGCGACAGACUGCAGGCUGCCGCUACCAUAAAGCAGUAUUUUGCAGAUGUGCAGGAGGCUAACUCCUGGCUAGGUGACAGGAAGCCACUGCUGAUAAGCGAGGAUCAUGGGAAGGACGAUUCCAGCACAGCAUUGCUUCUGCAGCGCCACCUUCGUUUGGAGAAGGAGAUGGCAGCGUAUGCCUCAGAGAUAAAAAGACUGUCAGAACAGUCAAAAACUGCAGCACAGCUGACGGCGCUGACUGCACAGCAGGCAGAGCCUCAGCAAGGCAAGAUGAUCCAAUAUAGUGAUUCCUCUGGGGAAGAGGAGAAGGAGGGGCAAGGAGCACGAACCUCACUAUCCAGUACCAGAGAUGGGAAGGGCCCUGUAAGCAUCCCCCCUCAGAAAGAGGAAAUCAAGGCCAAAGUCCGCUUCAGAUACAGCAGAGGUACUGGAGUACUUAGUGUCACUGUUGUGUUGCAUAGCAUGAUAAGGAGUGACUGCUACUCAUACACAGUUCCUCCACCCACUCCACCUGCCUCAGCCAAUGAUAUGCCAGAAAGCUCAAGCAAGAAACUGAGUCGUCCUAGGCGAAAACGCUCUAUGCGUCGCGGCACAGCUGAGAUCCAAACCACAUGGCUGCCAGACCCCGAGUACCAGAGAGAUACUGUGGAGAGCACACAGGGCAGGUUGGACCGAGAGUACAAUUUCUUGUACAACCUGGUGAAGACAAAGACAAAGAGCCUGGAGGAGAUACUGCGUCUUCAUCGAUUUUACAACAGCUGCCAUGAGUUUGAGUCAUGGAUGGAGGAUAAGGAGAACAUCCUCAACACCUUCAGCACUGAUGGUGACAAUCUAGCAGUGGUUCAGGCCAAAUAUGAGAACUUUCUGACCGAGUUAGCGAGCGGACGAGGUCAGCUGGACGAUAUCAUCAAAAUGGCAGACGAGCUGGUGAAGAGCCAGCACAGUAAACAGAAAGAAAUCCGAUCCAGAAAGAGGAGUGUUUCCAAAAGGUGGGAUCGGAUUCAGCAGCUGAAGGAUGACAAAGGAAAGGAGCUGCUGAGUACGGCAGACGUGCAGUCCUUCCUGCAUAGCUGCGAGGAGGCUAAAGCUCAGCUGCAGGGUGAGCUGUCCCAGCUUGACGAAGUGGACAUGGGCUGCACCCCCUUCACUCUGCUUGCUGGGGAGAAGAACCAGAUUCGGGCCCUUAGAGACAUCAAGAUGCUUGAGGGGAAGAUUGCUUACCUGAAGAGCGUUGCAAAGAUGAAGCAGGACUGCAGUCCGGCAGAGAGUGCGGCCAUUAUGGAGGAGGUUCGAGGUUUGGAGGCUCUGCUGGAUCAGGUGAAAUGUCAAGCAUCAGACAGACAGCACCAACUGGAGGAGGCCCGCAGGCUGCAAAGUUUCCAGCAGGAGGCCAAGGAGCUAGAGCGCUGGGGGGGUUCAGUUCAGGAACGGCUCCUGCAGGAGGAGGCAGCGAGCGAUGUGGCCUCGGCUGUCACGCUGCUGGAGCAACACCAGGAGCUGCAACUAGAAAUGGAGACACAGAGGAGCAGUGCUGAAAGGAGUAGGCUGGAGACGCUGUGGGCUAGCAGAAAGCAGCAUUUGGAGCAGGGUGUGGAGCUCCAGAGGCUGAACCAAGAGGGAGACCGGAUUGAAGCAGCAUUGUCUGGACAUGAAGCCCGACUAAAAGUCCAAGAUCUUGGGGACUCAGUAGACAGUGUGCACAGUCUACUGGGGCGACAAGAUGAACUUGAAAGUCUUCUUAUGGCUUUGGAUCAAAGAGUGGAUAAAUUCGCUGAGCGCAGCAAGGAGCUUAUCGAUCAGCAGCACUUUGCUUCAAAACACAUUAAGGAACGGAGCAGGAGCAUCCAAAAAGCCAACAGGAGGCUGAAAGAGAGCUGCAGGAAGAGGAGGAACCUACUGCUGGACUCCAAGAAAUACCAGGUACUAUUGUCAAAAUGCUAAAAACAAGAAAACAUACUUUACUUUAUGUUGUUUAUUGUGUCGAUGACUCUGGCAACACGUGCACAGUUGCAUAUAUUGAAAAGACAACUUGCACUUUGGUGAGAUGUCACCUUCAGUACAUAUGUGUGUGUUUGUGAUAAGCUGGGAGAGGAGAUGAUUGCUGAAGAGCACUACAACAGUCAGAGCAUCAGCAGGAAGUCUUCUCAGCUCACGAGUCGGUGGAAAAGACUACAAGACAAGAUGGCUGACAGGGGGGACAGGCUGAGACAGGCGGGGCAGCAGGAGCAGCUGAUGGAGCUUUUGCAGGAUGCCAAGCUGAAGAUUGAGGCCAUCCAGUGGAUGCUAAACAAUGCUGCCAAAGGUCACGACCUGCGCUCCAGUCGACAGUUGCUCAAGGAGCAUCAGCAGCUGGAGCAGGAGGCCAAGGAACUGGCAGAGAAGAUCAACUCUAUUGUGAGCAGGGCCAAACACCUCGCUUCCAACCACUUUGACUCUCAAAGGAUCCUCCAGGAGACAGACGCCUAUCUCACUUUAUUCAAGUCCCUGCAGAAACCUCUGGACGAGCGUCGAGCACAACUGGAGGCAUCUGUGGUGCUGUUUGGAUUUUAUCAUGAUGUGGAUCUUGAGCUCAACUGGAUCUCUGAGCAUGUUCCUGCCUCUGGAUCUACAGGAUACGACAAAUCUCUGGCUGGGGCCCUCAGCCUCAUGCAGAAACACAAGGAGCUGCAGGCCGAAGUGAAUGCACAUAGAAAACACCUGAACCACAUUCUGAAGAAAGGGCGCAGCCUAGCCAAAUCCAACAAGUCAGAAAGAGAGGAGGUGCUACAGAGGUGCGACCACCUCAACACAGAGUGGGAGGAGCUUGAGGAUGCCUGCAAAAAGAGAGCAGCUCACCUCAGCAAGGCUAUUACCAGAGAACAGCUGCUGUUGGACUGCUCGGAGCUGGAGUCCAGACUCGCCGAGAUGCUCAGUCUGGUGAACAUUGACGACUAUGGCAAAAACCAGCUGGCCACACAAAGCCUCAUUACUAAACACCAGGUGCUGGAAGGACAACUGGAGGUGUUGGAAGCUGAAGUAGAGGCAUUAGGAGACCAGGUAGAGCAGGCCAUUCAGAACUGGGGCCUGGAGGAGCUCAGCAGACCCUACAGUCGAAUCAGCAGCCUGAACCAGCAGCUGCAGCACCAGGCUGGACUCAGGGGUCAGAAGCUGAAGGAGGUCCUUCAGCUCCAUGAAUUCAGGCGAGAGUCUUCAGAGCUGGAGGACUGGAUGAACCAGCAGAGACAAACAGCUGAGUCUCAGGACCUGGGCAAUGAUUAUCAGCAUGUUCAGUUGGUUCGAGGGAAGUUUGAAGGCUUCCUGAAGAAGCUGGAGGUUGGCGAGGAGAGACUACAGAACUGCAGAAACCUGGCUGUUCAGCUGAUCCACAACAAACACCCACAGAGCUCUGCAAUCAAAGACACUCUGCAGCAGCUUAGUGCAUCCUGGGAAGAUUUGAAAAGCUUGGCCAAGGAGCGUCAGGAUCAGCUACAGAAAGCUGUGGAAUGUCACCGCUUUUACCAAGACCUGAGUGAUGCGCUAACUCUCAUCCAGGAGCGACACAAAAGCAUCCCUGAUGAUGUGGCAAAGGAUUUGCAUGGAGUGAUGUCACAGCUGAGGAAACAUGAGGCCCUGCUCCUUGAGCUUGCCACCACAGAGGAACAGUUUCAAGAGCAGCUGGACUCUGUUGACUCUAUCCUGAAGCUUUGCACGCCCGAACUGAGUGUUCGCCUACAGAAAGUGCAGGACGAGGUGGUGGAACGGUGGGAGGAGCUGCGACUUCUUGCUGAGAAGAGAGAAGAGGAGCUCAAGCUGGCUUCCCAGCGAUAUCAAUUCCUUAGCAUGGUGCAAGACUACUUCCUGUGGUGCAGCCAGCUGAUCAGCGCAAUGGCAGUUGAGGAAAGCAUCAGUGAUGUGGCUACCGCUGACCUCCAGCUGGCUCAACAUCAGCAGUUAUGGGCUGAGAUGGAGGCAAGACAGGAAACCUACCAGCAAGCUCUGGACAUGGGAGAAGAGCUGCAGACACAGGACAAAAGCAACCAGAAGGAGGUAAGGAGGAGAAGUAAGAUUUUGGAGACUCUGGGGAUAGACGUGACAGUGGAUGAUGCUCAUAUCAAAGCCAUCAACAAACUGGCAGCCAAACUAGAAAAAAGACAGAGUGCUGAGGAACUGGUGACUGUGACAAAGAGGAGGCAGCAGCUCAAUGAAAGGUGGAGCAAAUUUCACGUUGAUCUGAAUAAUUACAAGAACCAGCUCGAAGAAGCUCUGGUGGUCCACAGGCUCAUCAGAGAACUGGAGGAGGUCAGAGACAGAGCUAAUGAAAAGAUGCUGCUGCUGCAGGAUCAGGAUUGUGGCUGCGAUGUGGACAGUGUAGAAAACCUGAUUAGACGCCACGAGGAAAUAGAGAGAGAGGCUAGAGUUAUCCAAGAUAGAGCAAAGUCUCUGGAAGAAGGCUUGUUGGGUGAUGUGAGUGCUCAGUCAGUGAUGAGCGACAAGCUGAAGACCAAACAGAAAGAAGUCCAGAAGACUCUGAAAACUUUGGACAAGGAACUCAAACACAGAAAAGAAAAGCUGCAGGAGGCUCACCAGUUGCAGCUUUUCAAGGCUAACCAGCGCCUCCUGCUGGAGUGGAGUCUCAAACAGAGCAGUGAGAUGGCAGAAAAGGGACUUCCCAAGACCAGAACAGAGGCUGACCGGCUCAUUGUGGAGCAUCAGGACUGGAGGACGGAGAUUGACGCUCGUGCUGAACGCAUCGACUCUGUCAGGGACUUUGGUCUGGGUCUCAUCCGGUCUGGUCACAGCUCUAAGUCAGAGAUCCAAAAGGCUUUGAACCAGCUAGAGGAAGCUAAAGCUGGACUGGACCGAGCCUGGUUGAACCGUAACAUAACCUUGGAGCAGGCCCGUACACUACAGAUCUUCCUGACCUCUGUAGAACAAUGUGAGAGCUGGCUCAACAACAGUGAAGCCUUCCUGUCCAAUCAGGACCUCGGGAGCUCAGUGACAGAGGUAGAAACACUGCAGAGGAAGCAGAUUCAGUUUGAGGAAGCCCUGGAGGCUCAGGGAGACCAGCUGGACCAGGUAGAGAAGCUGGCCCAGGAGAUGAUCCAACAAAAGCACUAUGAUGCCAACAACAUCAGAGCAAAGAGCAAAGCACUGACCACCAGGCGGAGUCAGUUGCAGCGGCAGAGCAGAUCUCGUUACAAAGCUCUGGAUCAAUCACUCCAGCUGCAGCAGUUCUUGUCCAGCAGCUACCAGGUAUGUGUGUGGCUGAAUGAGCAUAACGCCAUAGCACUGGAUGAAAACUGGAGGGAACCAACCAACCUUCAGGCAAAGCUGUUAAAACAUCAGAGCUUUGAAGCAGAGAUCCUCGGCAACCGCUACAGGGUGGAAACCCUCACUAAGGAAGGAGAGAAGCUGCUGUCUGAGUCUCUGUCUGCUGAAGGAAAGGUUCGACCUCGACUCAGAGAGCUGACUGACAGCUGGGAUACUCUGAUCCACAACUGCAAGGAGAAGAAAACUAGACUGCAGGAGGCCUACCAGGCAUUGCAGUUCCAGCGUUCAUUGGAUGACAUGGAGCAGUUCGUGGCGUCAGUGGAGAGGGAGCUGGCCAAUGAGGACUGUGGCAGUGACCUACCCUCCGUGAACAGACUGCUGAAGGAACUGCAGGCGGUGGAAGAGGAGAUGGAUGGACACCAAGACCGAAUCCAGGGUCUGGUGGACACAGCAAAGAGCUUCCACUCUCAGGGUAACUUCCUGGCUGAGGAGAUUCAGACCAGAGUGGCACACACCAUCAACAGGUACAACAGCCUGGCGCGGCCCCUGCAGAGACGUAAGGAGAACUUGGAGGCCUGGCAAGUCCUGUUCCAGUUCUACAGAAAUGUGGAGGAGGAAACGGCCUGGCUGAAUGACAGACUGCCCUCCAUCACUGCCAAAGACCUGGGCAGCUCCCUCAGCAGUAGCCAGCAGCUGCUCCACAAGCACCAGACCUUGAUGCAAGAGAUCUCUGGACGCAUGCCAUUGGUCCAAGCAGUUCAGGAGGCGGGGCGUAGUCUGGUUUCAGAGCUCCAACUGUGGUUAGAGGAGCAGCAGGUGGGUUUAGAGUCUCGAGACUGCGGGAGGAGUGAGGAGGUGACGGACGCUAUGCUGAGGAAAUUGGACUCUGUGGCUGUAGAACUGGACAACCACAGGAGGACAGUAGAGAAGCUGCAGGAGAACGGUGCAUCGUUGCAACACCUUAGACACCCCAAGAGCCACCUGGUCAGUGAGUCUCUCCCAGCUGUCGUUGAAUGUUAUGAGAUGCUCCUCAGACUUUCUGCAUCCCGUCGUGCCGCUCUGGAAGAUCAGCUCCGUCUCUAUGUGUAUGAGAGAGAGGCUAAAGAACUCCAAACAUGGCUGACCUCCAAGAGAACGAUGGUAGAGUCCACCGACUGUGGACAAGAUCUGGAGAAUGUGGAAGUCCUUCAGAAGAAGCUGGAGGUUCUGGUUUCAGAGGUUUCCGGUUUGGGUCGCAGCCGACUGACCUCAGUACAGCAGCUUGGCCGAGGGCUGCAACAAGACGAUCAGGCUCGCAGGAGGGAUGAUGCACUCAGCAGGCUGUGGGAUGAGCUCAACAGUAGCAUAAGGACCAGAGAACAGAAUCUGCAGGCAGCAAGGGAGAUUCAUCAGUUUAACCACGAUGUGGAAGAACUGAAGGGCUGGAUGGCUGAGAAGGAAGCAGUACUGGACUCAGAGGACCUGGGCCACGACCUGCAUUCCAUCCAGACUCUGAUGAGUCAACAUGAAGCACUGGAGAGGGACCUGGUUCGAAUCUCUGAGGAAGUAACCAGGAGUAGAGAAGUAGGUUGCACACUGAGCAAAUCCCAGCCUCAGGCCAGGUCCUCUGUGACUCAGCGGCUGGAUGACCUAGAGGCCUGCUGGACCAGUAUCCAGGACAAGGCCUCCCUACGACGGGCCAGACUAGGCCAGGCAGAAGAUGUGCAGAAAUACCUUUCCCAGUGGACUGAACUCAUGGCGUGGCUGAAGGAGAUGCUGUCUCUGGUGAGAGGGGAGCCUCAGAGUGGUGAGGGAAGCGACCUGGAACAGCUCAUUAAAAAGCACGAUGAGUAUCGCGUCCAGAUCGACAGACAACUAAUCAAAUCACAGGCCGUCAAACAGAAAGGAAGUCGUCUGAUUGAGGACGGAAACUUCAUGUCUGAGAAGGUGGAGCAGCGUAUCUGUGAGCUAGAGGAGCUGGAGAUGCGGGUGGAGAAGGUUUGGGAGGAAACCAGGCUGCUGUAUCAGGAGGAUCUGGAGAUUGUCCUUCUGCAGAGAGAGCUGGAGCAGGCUGAGCGCUGGCUGAGCUCCUAUGAAAGCACUCUGAUGGCUGAGGAAUACGGGGAUUCUGUGUCUGACGUUAUGGAGCUCCUUAAGAGGCAGGAGGACUUGGAGGCCAUGAUCCAGGCCCAGAGUGACCGUUUCAUUGCACUUCAGAAAAAGAAAACACAGAGGGAAAACAGACUGGGUCUUCAUGGAAAUGAGGAGAAGGACCUCCAGUACAGACAGCCUCCAGCUAGAGUUUCCUCCCUGAGAAGUAAACCAUCAGAACUAAAGACCCCACGGAUCUUCUCUAGAGACGUUCAUGGGGCCAGCAGUGGCAGGCAGACAGACAGAACAAUCAGACCAUCCGUGCUGGAGAAGAAAGCAGAAGCUGUCUCUGGUUCUCCUAGCCCUCUUCUCAGCCCACCACUGGGACCUGGAUCAGAUUCAAAGAUUAUUAAAAAAGUAGAAUCGGCUGACAGUUCUGAUGAGUCCGAUGAGUUCAGUCCCAGCCCGACAGUUAACGCCGGGAGAAGGCAAAUCAAAAAUUCACACCUAAAUUCUAACACCCCCCUUGGAGAAUCAGCAGAUUCCUCUUCACAGCCUCCUCAGUCCCAUUCACUGAAAGAGACUCGGCCCAGGUCCAAACCACCUGUGGCUCCAAAGCCCAGAAUUUCCUUUUCAGAGCAGGCGUUUGGCUGCCGCUCUGAUUCUCCGAACCACCCAGAGAAACCCACCACUCCACCAAACUCACCUUCAGCAAUCAGACGACUUGUUGCCCCCACUGAACCGCCACCACCUCCACCUGUGAAAGAAAGAUGUAUUCGCCCUAAAUCACCAACAUCUAGGCAGCCCGAUGUGCCUGGCUCUCCUGCUCCACCUGCUGCUGAUCACAUUACACCACCCAACGCCCCGACGGCUGCACCAAUCACAAAGGAGGAUAAGACACCUCAACAAAAGUCUUUAGAUCUAGCAGAGGGACAACCCGAACCUGAGGUCACACCUGGGGAGCCAAUCAGAAUGGAGGGCGUGUUGGAGAUUAAGCUGAAACAAGGAGGAAACAAGCUCAUGGUUGACCUUAUUCCCCCUUCUCCUAGACCUCAACAAAAGUCUUUAGAUCUAGCAGAGGGACAACCCGAACCUGAGGUCACACCUGGGGAGCCAAUCAGAAUGGAGGGCGUGUUGGAGAUUAAGCUGAAACAAGGAGGAAACAAGGGUCUGGAGCACUGGGAGGAGGUCUUUGCUGUUCUGCAGGGAGAGACUCUCAGCCUGUUUAAAGACACAGCAGCUGCUGCACAGAGGACCUCUAGGUGGCCUCCUAUCAACGUAGUUGGAGCAGUUUGCAGGGAGAAUCGCUACUACAGAAGGAAGGAGAACACUUUCAGACUAAUACUGGAGGAUGGCAGUCAGUAUGUAUAUGCAGCAUCAAGCAAGGAGCUCCAGCUCAUCUGGAUGAAAAAGCUCCAGAACUGUCCGGAAUCUGCCAGCAGUGACUCUGACGACUCCGGGUGAGCGCUCACUCAUGGUUCAUCAAUUUUAAUAGACCUAAGACAAAGCUCUCAGACUCAGUGUGUUUGUGACUUUUGGAUCAUAAUUAAUUACUCAGUUCAACUGGAGAAUGUGAAAUGUUUGAGCUUAAGCAAAAAAAAUAAAAUAAAAAAAUAAAAAUAAAAGUUGUGUAUCUCAAGGUUGCAAAUGAGAACUGAAAGAAUUAAAAGGAAAGACAUUUACAAAAAGUAGCUGAGUGGAAAUUCUAAACUACAGAUUUGUAAGUUUGGAAAUUGUAGUGAUGAUAAUGCACCUUUAAAAACUGAAUAAGUGCAAUAUAAAUUACAGUAUAACAAGUGGAAUUAAACACAAGUGUUAAUGUCAAACAUGUAACCUCAUCAUCUACUGAAACAAGACUAGUGAUAUAACCUAAAAUCACUAUCACUCAAUAUUAAUAAA